AUUGUGAUGGGUCCAGACGGCCAUUACUACUCGUUCUCAACUCAUGGACUAGUUGUCAUCAGCCGUGCUUCACAGCCCAACUCGUUGGAUGGCUAUUGGGAACCAAUUGGCUCAGUUCUUGAGGGAUCCAGCAUUAUCAACAAUACCGGAAGCACUGAUCCUUGGGCUCCUGAUGUGCAUAAAGUUGGAGACACCUACUACUGUUAUUACGCUGUCUCACAAUUCGGCAGUCAGUUCUCUAGCAUUGGACUUGCUACCUCGAAAACACUGAAACCUGGCAGCUGGAUCGAUCAUGGCGCAGUCCUUACGUCAAACACUACUGCUCCUUCGCCAUUGAACAUCACCAACGCAAUCGACGGUAACUUGUUCAUCGAUCCCAAGACCAAGAUCCCUUACCUUACCUAUGGCAGCUUCUGGAGCGACAUCUGGCAGUUCCAGCUAGCUCAGGAUCUGCUUAGCGUUGUCUGGUCUCCAACCCCUACGCAACUGAGCUUGGAUCCUGUGAGUCCGCAAGCAGAGGAAGGCGCAUACCUAAGCCGUCACGAUAGCUGGUACUAUCUUUGGUAUAGUCAUGGCUCAUGCUGCGGCUACAAUGUAUCUGCUCUGCCUGCGCCUGGGAAAGAAUACUCUAUCCGCGUUGGCCGCUCCAGAUCAGCCACCGGACCUUUUGUCGACCGUAAUGGCGUAGACUUGAAGAACGGUGGUGGCUACAUUGUCUACGGCAGCCAUGAUUAUGUCUAUGGACCUGGUGGUCAGGGUGUCCUCACAAAUUAUCAUGGGCGUGAUGUCUUGUACUACCACUACGUGAACACCAUCCAAAACCCCAUGUACCUCGAUGAGCUAAAGCUACUCGGUUGGAACUACAUCGAUUAUGUCGAGGGAUGGCCUGUUCUAGUCUACAACUAA